UUCGAUCAUGAAUUACCAACUAGCCCAAGCAACCACCCUAGUUGCGUAUGGCGGUUGAGUCAGCACGAGAAGCAAAACUCGGUGGAGAGGUGAGCCAGUUGGCACAUGCUUGAAAGGUGAAAAACUAGUGAAAUUCACGACAUGCACACAAUGAAGAAGAUGACGGGACGAGGGUCGCCCAGUGGUUUACUUGAAUAUUUGCCUCGCGCUUUUCUCGCUGGUUUUCCUUUUUCAGACAACAUAGGAAAUUUGGGAUAGCACAUGGAUUCGCCUAAACUGCGUCUGUCUUGCUUCAAGCAGCGUUUUUAAUUUGAAAAUUAAUUUUUUUCUAAUGAAACAUUGUGGUUUAAACGCAGCAAUAAGCAACGGAAGUUCAAGUGCGGAGAAAGAUAUUGCUUCUAACGUUCAGUAACAUUCAAUUUCUUUGUAGUUAGAAAAAAAAGAUAAAGCGUAAUAAAUAGUUCUUCGAGUAUGUUUGAAGCCACAAACACCAUGAUUAGACAAAACUGCUGUAUUACCCAUCAAUACCAGGAUAGCCGAAACGGUGGCAUCGCCAGGGUUUCCUCUAGUGAUAUAUUUAUAGGAUAUUUUUAGAAAUUGCGCGAUGUGCGACCACAUUCGCAAAGCUCAAGCUACGCAGGAGAGUUUCCUGAUGCACCGACGUUCAGGUACACACCAUUUAUCACAAUAGCGAUCGGCUAGAUAAUUUGGUUAUCCCCGUGGCGAUAGCCAAUCACGCCUGACACUUUCAUGGCGAUAAGCUUUGUAUAUACGAGCCCUACAAUCGUUUAUUCUGUGUCUGUAGUAGCGUAUAUUAUUCUGGGCCAACCUUGGAGCUGAGUAAGCUACUCUAAUCUCUGAUUGCGUCAUUAACGCCGGAAUGCCGAAAGGGCGGCGUUUCAUCAAGAUACAUGCAUCUGUAUCUUUGGAAUGAGUGUCAAGCACAAGUUAACAACGCACGUCUGUGCCUACUGUGUGCAGCAAUGCUUUAGUAGCUUGACACAGACAGCACGUCAGUAUCGAAAGUGCGUUUUUCGCACGCCGUAAGUGCAUGUUCAGCACUAGGGUGAACGGCAAGGCUAGCAGGACACUAGCCCAGAAAUGAAGAACAUAGGAAAGGACUUCAACGGGUGUGAAUCCUAGAAGAACCUGAGCACAAACGAGUAAGCAGGACUUGGAACUGCUGGUUGUUGUGGUCUGCAUUUUAUCGUCCUUUAAAAUGCUUUCACGGCUUGAAAUUGUCCGUGUUCUGACGCAGGGCACAUAUACUGGCUGUCUUAUUUUAACGUUAAUAGAAUUUUUCCUACUCGCCUGCCGCAUUUGCGCCAAUAUACAUAUUGAGCUGGAAAAGUCGAAGAAGCAUAGAUUACUUACACUGAAAAUUAGUGCGCAUAAUUGACUAAUUCGUGAAAGGUCACUAAUUACUUUCAACUAAUAACUUCAGCACACAUAUUGCAAUGCAAGAAUUAAAGCCAGUGCUUUCAGAAGGCAUAUUCAGUCACAACAAAUUUUGAAACUAGCAUCAGUUUUGAUAUAAACGCUGUCAAACUUGCCGUAAGAUUGCAAUGUUGUUUCACUUACUUUUUUAACAAAGCACCUUUCUAGGCACUGAAGCUCAAAAGUUAAUGGAACACCAAUGCAAAGUUCGGGAACGUAUAUCUCGAAGCUGGUGCAUCAUUAGAAUUCGUUACAUGGGGAUAUGACCUUAAAAAUCACCGGCUACAAUUCUCAAAUUGCAAAAUUUGACUUAAAGUCAUAGUCAAAUAGGCACUUUCAUUCUUUUUGCAAGUAUUGUCUACCUCUGAUUGUAAUAAAGCUCAAGAAGUAGAAUUGUGCUAAAGGUCAUGUCUGAUUUUAAAAAAAAAAGAAACGUUAACGAUAAAAUCAGUCAGCGCGCAUAUCCUCCCACAGCCGGUUGCUGCUGUUAACGCCGCGUGGUGCACUCCUCUAGCAACUGUGACCACCCAUUGCGCAGACGUGAACGAGCAGCUCGAGCGGCCGUCGCACAGCGUCGUCUGCUACGUGAGGCCCGACCAGGAACUGGACGCCGUGCCCUCGGCAUGCACACACGUCGUCUACCGAAGCCUAUACAUCGACGUCUACACGCUCAGGCUGGUCGACGCCGGCCUGCCCCUCAAGCACGAGCGCACCAUACAGUCGGUGGCGAGGCUGAACGCGCCCAACAUGCGGCCCAUGGUGAUGGUGACCAUGGAGCCCGGGUACCUGGCGUCGCUGUCCCGCCGUACCGUGCUCAGCGGCCACGCGGGCCGUAUGGCGCGCAACGUGGGCCGCUGGUUGCUGCAGCACGGCUACAUCGGCGUCGACCUCGACCUUUGGACGCCCACCAGCAAGGACGAGGCCAACGCGUCCUAUUACGCCGCCAUCGUCGCGUCGAUGAAGAGGACGCUGGACACGGGUCGCCUGCUGCUCAGUACCAACGUGUACCCGAUACCGGGGCUCAUGGAGGACAUGCAGCUCGCCAAGCUCAGGGGGAACGUGCACCUGAUGGUCUUAAACCCCUGUGUCGACACCUCCGAGCCGUGUCCCCUGACGGGGACCCAGAGCUGGCACUCUGCUCUGGCCGCCUUCUACUCCGCCACUGGCAACCUGGCGCACGUCGUCAUGACCGUCCAGUUUCCGGGCAGCGCAAACUGGACCGAGGCUCACGUGAACGCCCUGGUCGAGAAGGCUCGCUUCGUGCGCUGGGCCAAGCUGCGGGGCGUGGCGAUCAAGGGAGACUGGACGGCGAGCGCGUCCGCGCCGUUGCUUCGGGCGCUCGCCGGCUACGAGGCUCCCCGGAACGACUUCCUGGACUGGCCCGCCAAAUCCAAGCCGUGAACGCGCAUGCGCGGCCCUCCGCCCCGUGCGCGCUGGCAUGCCAACGCGUUCACAAUGCGGGAUUCAUUGCGGGAUUCGCGGAAACGCGCCUUAUAUUUUGUGCGCUGGCUUCAGCUUUCUUUCUCUCGCACUACAAACGUCACACGCUCGCGCUCGCAAACGCCUUGUGGCACCGUUAUGCGAACUUAGUGCAAAAAAUAGAUUCUACAAUGUACUUUGUCUUU